AUGACGUUGCACGAUUGGGAGCGAGGAAGAAAAAGAGCUGUGACUGUGUGGUAUGUAUCUAAGAGUGUGUUAGAGAGGGAGAGGAGAACGCAUAAGCAAGCUGGUUUGACCAGAAACAGAACUGCCUGUGACAGAUUAAGAGACAAGCAAGGCUUGGAAUCUGAGAGCAAGCAAAGAGAGUGGAAAUUUACAGCUCCCCUGUGUGAGUGUUCAAGUGAUCAUUUUCUGCUAACGUUUUCCGGUGGUAACUGUUGCUCUUCAAAGAGAGAGACAGAAAGUCAAGACAAGAUUGUGGAAACUCUUUUCUCUUCCACGCUUUGGUAAUAGGAGGCACCCUCUAUUAAAUGGAAGAUAAAGACUGCUUCGUCUAAGGUGCUUUGAACCCGAGAGAGAGCUGUCUUCAGCACCUCACCAUGUGUCUACUUUUUGUUGCUUAGACAAGCCUGGGCAUUUCUAUAACAUUUGCAUUCCAUAUUGGAAGAAGAGAUUUCUAUAGAUGAAAAAAAUGCCUUUGUUUAGUAAAUCACACAAAAAUCCAGCAGAAAUUGUGAAAACUCUGAAAGACAACAUGGCCAUUUUGGAAAAGCAAGACAAAAAGACAGACAAGACUUCAGAAGAAGUGUCGAAAUCACUGCAAGCAAUGAAAGAAAUUCUGUGUGGUGCAAAUGACAAGGAACCCCCAACGGAAGUUGUGGCUCAGCUGGCACAAGAACUCUACAAUAGUGGGCUGCUGGUGACACUGAUAGCUGACCUACAGUUGAUAGACUUUGAGGGAAAAAAAGAUGUGACCCAGAUAUUUAACAACAUCCUGAGAAGACAGAUAGGCACUCGGAGUCCUACUGUGGAGUACAUUAGUGCUCAUCCUCAUAUCCUCUUUAUGCUCCUCAAAGGAUAUGAAGCCCCACAGAUUGCCUUACGUUGUGGGAUUAUGCUGAGAGAAUGUAUUCGACAUGAACCACUUGCCAAAAUCAUCCUCUUUUCUAAUCAAUUCAGAGAUUUCUUUAAGUAUGUGGAGUUGUCAACAUUUGAUAUUGCUUCAGAUGCCUUUGCUACUUUUAAGGAUUUACUAACAAGACAUAAAGUAUUGGUAGCAGACUUCUUAGAACAAAAUUAUGACACUAUUUUUGAAGACUAUGAGAAAUUGCUUCAGUCUGAGAAUUAUGUGACUAAGAGACAAUCUUUAAAGCUGCUAGGUGAACUGAUCCUGGACCGACACAACUUCACCAUUAUGACAAAGUACAUCAGCAAGCCGGAGAACCUCAAGCUGAUGAUGAACCUCCUUCGAGAUAAAAGUGCCAACAUUCAGUUUGAAGCUUUCCAUGUCUUUAAGGUAUUUGUGGCCAGUCCUCACAAAACACAGCCUAUUGUGGAGAUUCUGUUAAAAAAUCAACCUAAACUCAUUGAGUUUCUGAGCAGCUUCCAAAAAGAAAGGACAGAUGACGAGCAGUUCACCGAUGAGAAGAACUACUUGAUUAAACAGAUUCGCGACUUGAAGAAAACAGCCUCUUGAAGAUCUUAUCCAGUUUCCUGCCACAGUCACCGUCUCAUCUGUUCAGUUUGUACAAAAGUGUCAUUUCAAAAAGUAAUCGUUCUUGGGAAGGCUUUGGAGGUGCCUAUUUUUUCUCAAUUCAUUAUUCAAGGUAGAUGGAAUAUAAACAUUUGAAUGAAAAAAUAAUUAACCUAGAAUAAUGUAUUCAUUUAAAUCAAGUCUGUGGUUAUUUUUGUGAAAUCAGAGCCAUUGUACUUGACAUGGAGAAAAGCAAUUUUAACCCUUUGUUGAUGAAAGGCUACAGGGCUGUGGGCUUGCAGACCCGAGCUCUCAGCCACCAUGAGCCACCAAGUAGGAGCCCAAAUGAUGGGCGUCACUGAGUCCUCAAAGAGGAUUAAGUUCUCAGAGGAGAACUGGACAUGGGGGCGAGAGGUGCAAAACCAUCUUGCCUAUUUGCGCUUAGAUUUCUUAAGGCACUUAAAGAUCUGAGAAAAUAAGAUGCCUGUUUUCAGCCAUUACAUGUUCUUGUUCCUUGCCCAUAUCUUUUGACUGUAAUUAGUGGUUCUCAGCUUCCUAGGGAAUUGCUGCCCACCUCCCACUCAGCCUUCCUUUCUGCUCACUAUCCCACAUUCCAUCCCAAUGGAUCUCUUCAGCACAUCUGACUCAUGGCGCACGCACGCGCACACACACGCUUACACACACACCCCACUCCGACCUGCAGUAAGGUUAGCGUGGAACCAACUAAGUACGAAUAAGAUGGAUUAACAAGGGUCAUAGGGGCAUAGAGGUGUAUGACCUACUCACUUGAGAACUUGGAACGGUGGUUAAGAACCACAGCUCCAGCUGUAGUCACUGCUGUUUCACACUGACUUCUGUAGGGUUAGGGAAUGUUUGGAAUAUUUCAUUCAUAACUGUCAUUAUGGGAAAGAUUUUUUUGUGGCGAAAGUGCGUUUUAGAGUAGGAGUCAUUGCAUUAGGAUGCCUAGCAUGUACAGCACCGUGGGUCCAGAGGGUUGCACAGGUCUUUAGACCACUUUUAUAAAUAAGGGAACAUUGCUGUUGGCUGGGCAAACAAAAUGCAUGAAAAAAUUCUCAAACUAAAAAUUUUUUUCAGUUUAUUUUCUAAUUAGCUGUCACUCGAAUUUUCCAUCAAAGUCUUCAGUGAAAAGGUAGAAAACCUAUAAAAUUUUGGUCCCAAAUAUUCUCUUGCAUACUAGGAUGGUUAAGGAAUUGAUUUAGGUUCUUUAAAAAAGGCAUAGGACAACAACAAAAAAAAGGUCAUGAUUUGUUUUCAGCCGUCAAGUGUAUAAAAUGGAAUUUUAAAGCUAUAUUUACAAGGCAUUAAAGGUGCAAUUAUUAAUCUGUAUUUUUUCAUCAUUCUGUUUCCAAAUCAUGAGUUGUUGCCUUCUGUAAGAACCCUCACUUUUUACAAUAUCGGGUGCUGUGUUCUUCAAUCAGACAUGUCUCCACUCGGAGAGGGAAGUAUCCCUCCCCAGGGAUCCUUCCCCAGGAUCAGUGCCCUCUGUAAAUUUUGCCUCUGAAGAAUUACCUGGCAGAGUUUCACCCUUCUUAGCUGGGACACAGGGUUGUGUUUUCUGUGCCCAUGUGGAAUCCUGAGGCAGAUGGUGUGGGACCUGUGGGACCUUCUCAUGGCAGCUCUAGCCAAUGCUGGCGUGGGAGUGUCAGCCGGCAGCCGAUCUAAUGACCUUCAUUCUUUAGUCACUGAAGUCAGAUUAUUUCUAUAACAUUCCCUGACCAGUCCAGAGUCUCUUAGAAUUUGACUUUUCUGGUUUUGCUUAUUUGAUUAAAAGAGAAGAGUGUAAGUAUAAAAAGCGCAGGUGCAAUAACCAUUGGAAAUUUGUUUGGUUGCUUAAUACUGUUCCACAACAUCAUGGGACGCAUGUUUUCUAUUGGAAAGCAAGGCUUUGUUAUGAUUCUUUCUUAAUAAAUAAAACAUUUUAUUUCCUCUGGGCUUGAAUUAGCUCUUUCCUAGCAACCCCUUAUCCGAGUUUAGUACCUGCAAACGGAAUACUAGAGUCUGAGAGGCAAUAAAUGAAGUAGCUGGGGUUUUGUUGUAAUACAAAUUUGUAAAUUAUUAACACGAGAGGGGGAGCAAGAAGCUCACAGUCAAAAUAUGUUUGCACAAAAUUCACUGUAAUAUUGUGAGAAUUAAAUUUUGAAAAGGUCAUAUUUAAUAAGCUAUUUCAAAAGCACACAUUUAAAUAAAGACUGACUAAAUAAAAAGGUGCCACAUAC